AUUUCCUCCACCAGGCCGGCAUAAUUCAUCGCGAUCUAAAGCCGGAAAACGUUCUGCUAGACGAGGACUUCCACGUUCGGUUGAUCGACUUUGGCUUUGCCCGGUGGCUCAGCAUCGGCACGCGGACGCGCACUAUCUGCGAUUAACUUGGGUUACGUUAGGAUUUGUGGGAUUGAAUGGUUGAACGGUCGUCACAAUGAACGCACGUUCGCAAACGUUUGACCUCACGAUGGAGGGUCGUCAGGUGGACGAAGCCGUGUCCAGCAUCUUCCAUACGAUUCUGUUCCAUCGGAGUUUGGGCAAGUUUAUCUACACAUCCGAUGCAAUGUAUUCGGUGGGAAGCAUCGGAUAUAUGGACGUGGACUGCGACUUCAUUGACUUUACGUACGUUUGCUGCACUUCGCCGCAGCUGGACGAGACGAUCCGGAAGGAGAUUGGCGAAUUUAGCCGGCAGCUGCGAAGCAAUGAAAGCUCUGGCACUGGGCAGAUCUCGCUCGAAUUCUUCCAGCGUAAGAAAGCUCGCUGGUCGUUUUUGAGCGAGUGCAUCCCGUGGGAAGUGUGGACCAUCCGGCUAGAAUUGAUCAACCUCACAAACGAGGACGAUCGGCAAAUUUGCCGGGAACGGGUCGGCGAUAUGCUGUCCGACAAGAUCGUCUACAUCACGGAAGUCAUGAAUCGACACGACUAUCUACCAAAAACGCCCAACCAGACGGAGCUGGACUCGGUUUUUGACACAAACUACCCGGAUGUGCAGCCGUAUCUGUUUCAGUUCAAGUUUACCACCACCGGUCCCAGCACGAACUCGGUCGGGAAAACUAUGAAAAAGCUGUUCAAGAAUCCGCUCUCGUUGUGACUGCUGACGUCCGCGAUGAUUGUGGCAACAAUGCUGGCUAUUGUACAAAGGCUCGCCAGUGGCAAGAAGAAUGUUUCGUUCGUUGUUUAGAAUUGAUGUGGGUAUCUUUAUUCGUAAGAGGCUACCGAUCGUGAAUGCAAACAUAAAAAAAGUGUUGUUAUUACCUUUCUCGUCGGCUGUAGUCAGUCGAGUUCUGUGUAUAUUAGCAAGGAUUAAUUGAGACACAAAUUGCAAUUCUCAAAUCAAACUAAUCAGAGUACGGAAAUCGUGUAGCGUAAAUCUAUAUUUUUAAAAGCACGGCAUGAUCGAAUGUCGCAUGUGCUGAUUGCAAGCAAACCAGUCAAGACGCAGCAGCUGCACACAAAUGAAAGUGCACACGUUCACUUACACAUACACACACACCAUACUUGUAAGUAGUUUAUACAACUUAUUCUAAGACAAUAGUUCAUGAGUUGCAACGCCCAAUUAAGAGUUAGUUUGAGAAAUAAAAACUACUUCACGUUGCAGCUAAUCAAUGUUUGUAGGUAAAUUACAUUGUGAUCCGAGUUUGAAAAAAACAGAAAAAACAGUCAGAGUAAAAAGCUAUUUUAAUGAUUGAGUAACAAUAAAUCGAAUUCGUCAAAUGCACUAUUACGCAGUAAGGUAUGCAAUAGAAAACAAAGUGUGUAUAUUUUACAAUGUUUCAAGAGCAAACCACGUAGAACAAUAGGCAAGCGUUUCGUUUCAUUGUGCGUCGGUGUAUUUCCUUCUACAAAAGCAACAUGCAAAAAAGUCACAAAACUUUCGUGAUGCUUAAGUGAAAAAAAGAUAAUAAAAACCAAUAUUGAACAAUUAA